AUGCCCUCUUACCCGCCCUCACUCGCGUCGUCGCCGUCGCGGCAUUUGUCUCAAUACUCUACUUCUAGCAGCACUCUUGUCGGCGGCACGGCGAACCCGACGAGCACAAGCAUGAGCACGGGAGCGAGUACGACUACGACGGCUACACUUCGAUACCCCUCUACACGCAAGACCAUCUACGACCGGAACCUGAACCGCUCCCGCAACGCCGAACUCUCCCGGGCCAGCUUUGCCUACCUGUUUAUGGAGAUGGUGUCGUACGCGCACCGACGAGUGCAGGGGAUCCAGGAUUUCGAGAAGAGAUUGAACGAACAAGGAUACCCUCUCGGGCUCAAGAUGCUAGAUCUGAUCCUCUACCGCUCCAGCCCCGCAGGCAGUUCGAGCUCGACGUCCUCGACGAGUUCGAGCGGUGGCGCAGCCGGGUCCAACCGUCCGCUUCGACUGCUCCCGCUGCUCACGCUUCUGACGACCAAAUUGUACCCUUUGCUCUUCUCGCGCCCGGCCGACUCUCUGGAGCAGUCGACGACCAACCCGGGCGAAUAUAUGAUCAUCGACAACACCCCGCUGACCAACCAGUAUAUCUCCGUGCCCAAGGAGAUGAGCCAGUUGAGCGUUGCGGCUUACAUUGCCGGCAUCAUUGAAGGAGUCUGUGACGGCGCCGGGUUCGAGUGUAAAGCCUCGGCGCACAACACCGCCACCGAUGUCUGGCCAAAUCGCACGGUGUUCUUGAUCAAGUUCGAAGACCAUGUCUUGGAGCGUGAGAAGGAGUUGGAGAGGCAGGGGGUCAAGUGA